AAUUUUGACGUCACGGCCAGAGAGACACAAAACAAGCCGCUCUCAGCUGAGCUCCACACUCGAUUUUCACUCACUCACUCCCCAACUCGCAUCAUCACUCACGCCUGCCCUCAAACAGCCGCCUGGUCGUCCGCCGCCGAGCGUCUUCUCCACACAACAGACGCUCCACUCUUAGACACAAACAGAAAAAAAAAAAGAAAAAGAAACCCUCACUCCUCUCCUCUCCUCUCCUCUCCUCUCCUCUCCUCUCGACUGAACCGGGCUUCAUCUGUUGUGAAGGAAUGCCUUAUUUAGUGUGAAGCUGCCGUCAAGGAAGGGGAGGAGGAGGAGGAGAGGGGGGAAAGGAGACCCCAUCCCAAAGAGCAGCAGAUGUGACAGAAGGGGGUGAGGCAAAGAGAGAGGAACAGAAUCUCUCCCCCCACCACCCACCCCUCCUCAUCUGGGAGAACAAUACGUCGCCUCCAAAUGGAGGGGGUCAGCUUUUGUCCUUCUCCUCCCGCUCAAGAGUGAAGAGCAGACAGACGCGCUGACACACUGACCUGCUGCUGCUGCUGAGAGAGGAGAAGACGGAGAAGCAGAAGAGCCGCUGCUCCCUCCGCCGCUUCGCUUCAGUACUUGGACAGUUCCUGAGCAACAGCCGGCGCGAAUCUGUGUUUUCAUGAGAGCGUAGAGAGACCGUCUGUCCAGGGACCGAAGCCCAUUCGGUUUGGGAGAGUUAAGAGCCACAGAUGCAGCCGCCGUGUUCGCUCCAGCUCGGCCCCCGCGGCCCCUCGCCCUCCCCGGGAUCGCAGGGCGGCACCGCCUGCCUCCAGCAGCUGGAGGAGAAGCUGCUCUUUGAGAAGUUUUGGAAGGGGACUUUCAAGGCUGUGGCCACCCCGAGACCAGAGAGCGUGAUCGUGGCCAGCAUCACCGCCCGCAGGAGAGUCCCCGAUUCAGAAACAACAACAACAACAACAACAGCAACAACAACAGCAGCCUUCCAACAGAUCAAGACUGAUGAGAGGAAAGCAGCGGAUGCAAGGUUGGACACCGUGGACCGAAACGGCUGCAUCAAAGGACACGGGCGUAAGCGCCACAGUCAUCGCAGGGCCAGGAGCCCAUCCUUCGACGAUGAGCCAUCCCCUCGGCUGAAGGGGAAGAAGAAAAAGAGAAAGUCUGAGCGGAAGAGGAAAAGGAAAAGGUCUCCUUCCUACAGCCUGUCGCCGCUGAGGAAGAGAAAGAAGAAGAAGAAGAAGAGCUCCAAGAAAAGCAAGAGGCAUAGAUACACCUCUAAGAAGUCAAAACACAGCUCUUCAAGCUUAAAACGUAAGAGGAAGGAUGUACGCAAGCACAAGAAAAGCUCACGGACUCACUCCCGUCGGAGACGACGUUACCGGAGGUCAGAGUCUGACAGUUCGUCCUGCCAGUCUUCCACAGAGAACAGACACCACCUGCAAAAGUCUGUGGUUCAUCAAGCGUUAGGAACCCUGGCAGCUGUCAGAGAGAAAACCAGCGCAGCGCUCGACCACAAGGACGUAAAGUGGAGACGUACAACCAAAUCAGUGUGUAAAUCGGCUCCAAAAUAUCGCUCCAUCCUCUCAGCCGCCACCAGUUUGUCGUCAAAACCUGGAAGCGAGGUUUUGCAUGGAAACGGGCAUCAGCAUGUGCCGGGCCAGACCAAAGGUCCGCAUGAUUACGAUUCUGGGAAUGACACGUCUUCGCCGCCGUCGAGCAAAACGGGCGUCUCUCGAACGAGCGUCACUGACGACAAGAGGAACCCCUGCCAGCGCCUGGCCUCCCCGGAGAAGCUGAGGUUCACAGACAGAGAUAACGCCUCUGAUUCAGGAAACUCUGUGACCAGCUACGCCUCCCUGUGCAAACCUUACGUGGAGAAUGGCUUGUCUGCAACUGUUUUUAGUGGCAACGGCAAGAGAGAGCAGAUAACCUUGGGGUGUCGGGUAGAGGUUGCGAGAUCCCCAAAGACAUCCAGCUGUUCACAGAGAAGGGGCGAUUCGCCUCGUGGGCGGCUGAAAACCCGGUCAUCUAGCAGCAGGAGCAGGAGCAGGAGCAGAUCCUCAGGGAGUUCCAGAUACUCGGGACGCUACUCUCGAAGCCCCUCACUCUCAUCUUGCAGCUCAUACUCUCAUUCUCUGAGUAAUUCGGCUGAUCUAAGGCGAAGAGGCAGCCUGAGCUCCAGAGGAAGCUACUCCAGAUACAGUGCUGACAGACUACGGGGCCGAAAGAGAACAGCUAGCUCCAGAGAAGCAGCUGCAAAGCAUAAGCAUAAGGUUAAUGGGAAGAGGAGGAGACGCAAAUCCUACUCUCCAAUGAAGAAAAGGAGGAGAGACUCGCCGAGCCAUCUGGAAGCACGCCGAAUCACAAGUGCCAGGAAGCGACCCAUCCCUUACUUCCGACCCAGCCCGUCCUCCAGCAGCCGGUGCACCAGCGUGUCAUCCUGGAGCAGCCUCUUCACCCGCAGUCGCAGCCCAAUCCACAGCAUCAGUCGCAGCAGAAGCCGCAGCCACAGCUACUCCUCCUACAGGAGCUACAGCCGCAGCUCGUCGUGGAACUCCAUCUUUGGGACCCGCAGUCGCAGCCGGAGUCACAGCUUGUUGAACAAACGGAAAAAGUCCAGGCGUUUGAGAAACUGAAACUACGUCCUGGUCUCCAGAUAAGAGCGUGGACAGUGCACUUUGCCUGAGUGGAUAUAUCCCAACGGUGACCCACCCACAUCUUUGACUGAGGAAGUCUUGGAUCACUCUUCCCACAGAGACCACUGGAGGCUGAAUGUCUUUUUGUUUGUUUGCUUUGUUCCUGCAUCGCAUCCUCUAGCAUCAGCACUCACGGCCUGAGACUGUUCAUAUCUUAGAAAUUUACAAUAGAAACUUCACAAACAGUUCCUUUAUUUACUCAACCAACAACCUGGUUCCUUUAAAUUCCUUUAAUAAUUCCUCUAAAUUAUUCCUGUUAAGGAUUUCAAACAGUUAAACUACAUUGCAUAAGGGGUUCAUUUCCUUUAGUUAGAAUAUAUGUUUUAGCCAUGUGCAAGGUUAUGUUUAAACUAUUGUGUAAGAGAACACUAGGCUUCUACUGUCCCUUGUCAAGUGUGCAUGUGACUAUGCACUGAGAAGCGAGGCCUUGAGUUCACAUCUAAGCUGUUUGAUAUAAAACCUUUUUACAAAUGGCUUCCUGGGGAUUGUUAUCAGGAAUAAUGAAAAGUUUUAUUGCUCUGAUAUCUGCACUUGACAAGAUGGAGAACAGACGUGUUUGUCUCUGCAGCGGUGGCCUGACAGCAAACAAACUGCCUGUCAGCUCAAAUGUCAAAUUAAUUUAUCCUCCGAUCAAGUGGAAAACAGUUGAAAUGUCAGACUGUGUAAUACAACAGAGAGCGAUCGGAACGUCGGGCCGUUCUUCUUGCUAAACAUUCGAGGCAUUUUUCUCGACAACUCAUGGUGGAUGAUAUGUUUUGGGAAGAGAGGAUGCUUUAUGGGGAACAAACACCAAUGCUUAAAUUAAGACUUUAAGCUGUUUGCAGUUAUUGUAUGAAUCAGUCACAGAGUUCUGUUUAAUUCUGAUUUUGAAAUCAGGCAUAGGAAAAGAAAAGCCUGUACCUUAUUUGGCUGCAACAUGCUGAAAAAAAGUCUGAACAGAUUAACGGCACUGAUUCUCAGUUCACUUGAAUGAAGACCUUCAUUCUAUGAGACUAGACCCAAACUGUGUCUUUUAGUUACGCCGCGCCAGAAGAUCAGGUUUUGAAUUGUGCAGCACCAUACAUAUUUAUUUCUUAUUUAAUAUUUAUUGGUUUGUUGUUGCUCUCAGUAGUGAUCGGUCUCUCUAUGCAACACUGUCACUUUAUAAUUUUUAUGACACUGCUGUGAAUUAAUUCUCUGGUUUCUUGUAAAUUAUUACUUACUCGCACAUGAAGCUCAAAGUAGAAUCAGACGUUCAGAAACGAGAGGCAAGGAAAAGUCUGACCUUUAUUUUAGCACAUUUUGGGAAACACACUUAUUUGCUUUCUUGUCACGGGUUAGAGGAAAAGAUCAAUACUACUGUCAAGUUUGUGAGGAACAAUACAGAGGUCGUUAAUUCCGCUCUGCAGAAAAACUGCAAACUGAAAUAAUAGUUGUUUCUUUAUACUGAGCCGCAGACCACCCAGACACGAGUGUCACACCAAUCGUCUCAUCUGAUUCUGAGGAAUUAAGUGCAUUCUCCAUAUGUGAAAUUCCUCCCUUCAAAGUUGAUUUCAAGAGAGCUUGAUUCUGCAGGAAGUCUGAAACUGCCUUUGCAUAUAAUAAAGAGUUGCAUUUCUCGAUCAUUUCAUUCCAUCUUCCUGUCUGCCGUGCAGCUCCAGGCCUGAAAGACUGCUCUCUAUGCACUCAAGACUCUCAGCUUAUUUCCCUGAAUGUCACCUAAAUCGGACAAAUGAAUGGGGGGGGUGGGGACUUGGCAAAAAAAGUCACUCAUAAACUCCAAACUGAUGAUGUCUCAUGUCAACCAGUGUUGACGAGGUGCCAGUGUGGGGGAGAUUUGUGUAUUCAUGUUGACAGACUUUCUAGAUGGGCACCCACUGGCAGUGACCCCGCUCUCAACCUCUCACGAUGUAAAGUUUACAUUCGUCCUUGUGAAAAAUGACUUUUGAAUUUGUAAGUACUGUGGUGUAAAUAUGCAUCUGCACUGUAUAGAUGAUACAAAAAAAAAAUGUGAUUAUUUAAUUUGCAGAAUGUCAUCGGGGCCUUGUUGUCAAAAUGUUAUGGCUAACAUGCACUGACCGCUGAAAAGGGAAAAGAAGAGUGUAUCAGUCAGUGAACUCUAGGUGUCUUUGUGCUUGAAAUCCCUCCGUUCAUGUGUUUUAUUAUUUCAAGAACUCCAAUAACAAGGUCAUAUAUCAAUAGUGAUCCGGUGUUUAAGUGUUACAUUAUGCAUAUUCUCCUCGUUUCCCCCAUAUGAGCAUAUUGCAAAAAGCACAUAUUUUUCAUACUGCCACGUUUUACCUUGUGUGAUCUCAUCAUGUAAUAAUGUGCCACCUGGAAACUGAAUCCUUCCCACCACAACCCCCAUGAAAUCGACUUCCCCCUCUCAGUGUGUGUAACAAGCUAUAUAAAACGAUGUUAAGAACGAAUCGCAGUCUUGUUUUGAUGCUCCAGAAAAAUAAGAACAGCUGAUCAGACGCAGUAAACAGACGCCAUCUUCA